AUGCCGAAGAGGAAGAAUAUGGAAGGCACGUCCAGAUCUGGGUUCGUUCUCCCUCAAUCAAUUUUCUCGAUGCACAAAAAUGAUACCACGGAUCGAAUCGUAAAAAGCGCCUACCUCAGCCCAGACUACAGCGAUAUGGAAAUCAUUUGUCGAGACGUGGUUUUCCAUGCACACAAAGUGAUUAUUUGCCCCCAGUCUGAAUACUUCAAGACGGCUUGCUCCAGCGGCUUCAAGGAAUCCCAGGAGCCAAUUCGACUCCCCGACACAGAGCCGGCAUUGAUGAAGAAGGUGCUAGAGUUUUUCUACACUGGUGAAUACACUUUCGACUUCAAGACGGCGAAUGGGAGCAGCAAACCUCAUACGUCUAGUCUGCACCAUGCUAGUGUGGGUCAGUCCGGCUCGGUACCUCUCGCAACACCCAAUACUGGACCAAGUGAGCCCGUACCGUGCGUGCAGCAAUCUUCAAUCACUACGAGUGGGACAAACCCCGAGGGUGCCACGCACCAGUCCGAAGUCAAUCCAAAUCAAUCCCAAGAAAAUGCCUCUUCUUCGGGCACUCCUGUUACUAGUGAAAACCCCACCGACACAGGCUCUUACGAUCAAUUUGUCGCUUACUGCCUCACAAACCCAGCAUACUUCCACGUCCGGAUGUACGCAGAAGCAGACUACUUUAUGAUCGAUAACCUGAAACAAGCAGCAAUCAGCGCCUUUGAGAAGGACUUCGCAAUAUACCCGAGGAAGAAAACAUUUGAAGAGACGAUUCGAGAGCUCUACUCGAUUCGAGCUGAUUACCAACCGCUAAGAGAAGUCGCAAUCGAGAUGCUUGUGGGGUACAUGCAUUCUACUCCCAAGCGUGUCCCAUUUAUCUAUUUCGAUUUCAUGGAUUCUAACCCCGACUUUACGCUUGAUCUGUGCAUGGCGCUCGUUCCUAUUGGAGUCCGACCUCUUGCUAAUACCCGGAAAGCGCCGACAACCAGCCCUACCUAG